AUGUUCUCGGAGAGGCGGUUCGCCUCAGCACGACGUCCUCUCGGCGGUCCGUUUCUGUCACACGAUGGGACCACGAUAAAAACGCAAGUUUGGUGGGCGGGCGGACUCACGAUUUGCCCAUAGCUAACUAUGAGCCUCGACGACUACGUCAGAUACGAGAUCCCGGGGGGCAGGUUUGGCUCAGAACCGGCGGAGGAGCGAGAUUGCGUGGUGGUGGGUGGCCUGCGUUUGUCGCGAUGUGAGUCGUGGGACGGCGUCGGCGGCAAGAACACAGUGUCGUCGCUCGGAACGGGUGGGCCGAUGCCGGCGCAGGCGAAAAGGCACUACUGGUCGCCGAGGAAAAGAAAAGGCGUUGGGUCGAACGGAUCGUGGAUUCUAGGCGACGGCGGAAGGGAGCGGCGCGUGGUCGACGACUUCAAAGGAGGAACAAGGCUGGCGACAGAUGCAUAGAUGCGCUCCAAGGGCGGGGGAGGGGAAAGAAAUAAAGGGCCCAGGAUGCUGUCGCCUGUCGGUGGUGGUGGCCAGGCACUUUGGUGCAAAGGUGCUUGCUUCUGACGCUGGCGGGGGGGACAGGACCCGAUGAUUGCUCAGAAAGUUGGCGGUGGGGGGAUGGGCGGUUCCCUGUACGAAAGUAAAGG